AUGGCCGAAUCCGUUGGUAAGCAAGUGCUCUCUGCAGUGACGGAGGGGCAUCACCAUUUUCAUCAGCAACCGCAGCACCAGCAGCAGCCAAACAGCAACAAAUCACAAUCGCAGCAGCACCGGAAAGACGCGACCGUCGGUAGCGGUGUGGUGAGUGACAGUCGCCGCUCCAAGCCGGCCAAAGCGAAGGGAGGCGCAGCGAACAGUGGCAGUGGCAGUGGUGGCGUCCAGUCGGCAACCUCCAGUCGGCACCAGCAGCAGCAGGAAGCGUCGACGUCGAAAGCGUCGGCCAAGCGAAAGCACAGCCUACCGAACGUAGUCGGCUCUGCCGACUUGCUACAUCCCGCCGCGAAGCGACAAUCGCUAAACGCGUCAAAGGGUGGCAACGGCCGAGCAACGUCCCCAUCAUCGGCCGGCUCCGUUCCCGUAGCUUUCCGCACACGCUCCCGUACUACGUCCAAAGAAACAGUCUUCUCCGGCACCGGCACCGAGCCCGGGUUUGAUCUCAGAAAGCAGCAGCAGCAGCAGGAAGUCGCAACCGGCGGUCGCAAAAAACCGACCGCAAGUUCCACCGGCCGUCCGUCGAGUUCCGCGUCCGUGCAGGGAAGAGGCUCGAAGGCGGUACCCGGAUUAAAUCCCCAUGAGGGUGACCGAGCUACGGGCGAUUCUUCAACAUUCACUGAAACCAUCGGCGUAGUACCGGCCACUUCCAAUACCGUAGCCAGCUCCCCCCUAGAAACCCAUUCGACGCGAUCCGUGGAGAGUAAAGGUAAACGAGGCUCACACUCAGCUGUCCCGGGGCCUAGCCCGCCUGCUGCCAUCGCUUCGACCUCGCGUACCAUAAGCAAGCGCACGCGUCACAAGACCGCUUCUUUGGCGAAGCUCUCGAAAUCGCUUGCCUCACGGAAGGUCGAGCUACUGGGGGAGAAAAGCGGCAGCAGCAGGUCAGCGGCACCAGCCAAAGCAGCUAUCGACUGUGUCAAACAGCAGGAGCAGGAGCAUCAGCCUCAUCGCCGGUCCAAAGCCAGAGGCCGGCCACAGGUAGCGUCGUCCGUGGCGUUGGACGAAAGUGCGGGUAGCAUUGUCCGCAACUUGCGUUCCCACCAUCAUCAGCAACAGCAACAGCAUCUAACGUUAACAGCGUCCGUCAGCGAGUCAGGGCACGUCACUGGGGCGCAGGUUUCAGCUUCCGGUGUCUUGCACCCACGGGAAGACGGUUGCGCCGUUUCGGAGCCGUUCCUCAGUGCUGCUGCCAGCAGCAGCUCGUCAACCGGUGGUGCACAAGUGCCCAAAAAGCGCCAGAAAGUGGGGGGGGACCAUCAGCACCAGCACCACCAAGAAGUCGCGGGCACUCAUAAGGCCCCGAACCUGGGUGCGCGUUUAGCAGGACGUAGUAGCGGUGGUAGGGAGCAGCAGCCUCAGCAGCAGCAGCAGCAGCAGCUACAUCACCAUAGCGGCGGCGGUCAUCAUCAUCCGGCGCCGCCACAGCAGCAGCAGCACCAUCUCCCGCCCACGGUUCCGCACUACGCACAUCAGCAGCAGGUGCCACAGCAGCAGCUCCACUACGCCCUACAUUCCCAGCCGCAUCCUCCGCACUACAACCAGCAGCAGCAGCAACACUACCACCAGCAGCCACACCACCAACACCUUCAGCACUAUCCGCAACAGGCGCAGCAGUACAAGUUCCCGCGGCAACUUCUGCACCAUCCGCAGCCUCCGGUACAGCAACCGCUUCCGGUGAUCGGUGGCCCCAACAGCACCGGCGAAGGCGUCCCCUUUCCGCCGUACGACGCGGCACAGCAGCAGCAGCAGCAGCAGGGCCGCAGUGGGUUGCUGAGGCGCAGUUCUCGUGGCAAAAGUUCCCACUCAUCCGCAACCACGGGGUCUUGCGUUAGCUCGAAUCCGACCAACAAUCCCUACCACCAGCAGCAGCCGCAAGCAGCAGCAGCUUCGCAACAGUCGUCCUCUUCCCGGUCCUCUGCUAGCGGCGGCGGCGCCGGCGCCGGCGGCCACCAUCAUCAUCACUAUCAGCAGCAGCAGCACCAUCAGCAUCAUCCGCACCGUGGUGUGGCGGGUGGUGGCGCGGGUGUUCUGCUCAACGCGGCCGCAGGGGGAGGCGUGAUAGCAGCGGCCUCAUCAUCGAAGGGAGCGAAGGUCACUUCUUCGAUUCUACUCGCAACCAGCUUCGAUAGCACCGCGUCGUCGGGUGGCACCGGCGGCGGGUUGGUUGGCGGACCGUCCACCUCGAAUGCCAUGGCCAACGAUGGCUCUCGCAACAACAACAAUAUCAACAACAACAACGAUGGAGGACAGCAUCAUCAUCCGCAGCAGCAGCAGCAGCAGCACGGUGGAUCCGGAUCAUCGGGAAGUUCCAUUCCAUUCAUAAAACUCCACAAAGCCACACUGGGGGGAGGCACAUCGUCGUCGUCCUCUUCGGCGGCCGCUGCCGCCGGAGCAUCUUCAUCGUCCGCCGGUAUCGUGGAUGUUAACAUGUUGAAUGCCACGGCCGGAGGAGUGGCGGCCGCCGCCGCCGCAUCGACAUCGUCCGGCUCGGCAGCGAGCGGGGUUCCACCGCCGGCACAUCCCGAUUCCGAGAGUGACGAUAGUGAGGUGGGUCGGUUACAGGCGCUCCUCGAAGCACGUGGUUUGCCGCCCCAUCUGUUCGGGGCGCUGGGGCCACGGAUGCAUCACUUGCUGCACCGGACGAUGGGGGCCAACAGUAGCUCGUCGAAGGCGCAGCAGCUGCUGCAGGGGUUGCAGUGCGCGGACGAAAGCCAGCAGCUGCAGGCCGCCAUCGAGAUGUGCCAGAUGCUGGUGAUGGGCAACGAGGACACGCUGGCGGGUUUCCCCAUCAAGCAGGUCGUUCCGGCGCUCAUCACGCUGCUGCGGAUGGAGCACAACUUUGACAUCAUGAACAAUGCGUGCCGCGCGCUCGCGUACAUGCUAGAGGCCCUGCCCCGCUCGUCGGGCACGGUCGUCGAUGCGAUCCCGGCGUUUCUCGAGAAGCUCCAGGUGAUCCAGUGCAUGGACGUUGCGGAGCAGAGUCUGACGGCGCUCGAGAUCCUGUCGCGGCGCCACAACAAGAGCAUCCUGCAGGCGAACGGCGUGGCGUCGUGUCUCACGUUUCUUGACUUCUUCUCGAUCAACGCUCAGCGGGCGGCGUUGGCCAUUACGGCCAACUGCUGUCUGAAUCUGCACGCCGAAGAGUUUCACUUCGUGAAGGGUUCGCUGCCGCUGCUGGCCCGCCUGUUGGCGCAGCACGACAAGAAGAGCGUCGAGAGCAUCUGCACGGCGUUCUAUCGGUUGGUCGAUAGCUUCCAGCACGAUCAGACGACGCUGCAGGAGAUCGCCAGCAUGGAGCUGCUGAAGAACUGCCAGCAGUUGCUGGUGGUCACGCCGUCGGUGCUGAACAGUGGCACGUUCACGAACGUGGUGCGCAUGCUGAGCGUAAUGUGUGCCAACUGUCCCGAUCUGGCCAUCACGCUGCUGAAGAGUGACAUCGCGGCGACGCUGCUGUACCUGCUGACGGGCACGGCGGAACCGUCGGCGGCGGUCGGCGAUGUCGAGCUGGUGUCCCGCAGCCCCUCGGAGCUGUACGAGAUCACGUGUCUGAUUGGCGAGCUGAUGCCGCGCCUGCCGACGGACGGUAUCUUCGGGGUGGACACGCUCCUGGAGCGAACGCAGGCCGCCGUGCAGGACGCGGUGCAGUGGCAGUGGCGUGACGAUCGUGGCGUUUGGCGCCCGUACUCGUCGAUCGAUUCGCGCAUGAUCGAAGCGGCUCACCUCAACUCGGACGACGAGAUCAGCCUGAGUACGCUGGGGCGCACGUACACGAUCGACUUUCACACGAUGCAGCAGAUCAACGAGGACACCGGCACGACGCGCUCGGUGCAGCGUAAGAUCAACCACCAGCUGCUGGCUCAGCAGGGAGCGGCCGCUGCGGCUGCGGCGGCCGCGGCAGCAGCCACGGCCGUCAUUAUAAUUCCCACCGGCGGAGGAGCGGCAACGUCGUCACCGGAAGGUUCUUCCGCCGACAACCCGGUGGCCACGACGGUGGUGGCAACGACGGGCUGCGUUAAUCUGGCCACACGGCCACCGAAUGCACAGCGGGACGCACGGAUCGCGUGCCUGAAGGAGGAACGCGGGUUGGCGGCCGAAUUCAUCCGCAGCCUGUUCUCGGUGCUGUACGAAGUGUACAGCUCGUCGGCGGGGCCCUCGGUCCGCUACAAGUGUCUGCGGGCGCUGCUCCGGAUGGUGUACUUCGCCAACGGGGACCUGCUGCGGGAUGUGCUCAAGAAUCAGCUCGUUUCGUCGCACAUCGCCGGCAUGAUGGCUUCGAAUGAUCUGCGGAUCGUCGUCGGAGCGCUGCAGAUGGCGGAGAUUCUGAUGCAAAAGCUGCCCGAAGUGUUCGGGAUGCACUUCCGGCGGGAGGGUGUGAUGCACCAGAUCAACCAGCUGACCGAUCCGUCGAUUCCGAUCUGUGCGGCGCCGUCCCCGAAGCCGUCGGCCGGUUCGCAGAGUGCCCCGGCGUCGGCUACGCUGAAUCCGGGCCUGCCCGGGACGAUGACGUUCGACUUUGACAGCAGCGCCAUUGCGUCCAGCUCGAAGGCCGGCCCGGGGAUGGUGGCCAUCGGUGGCAGUGGCGGUGGUUCGCACGUCAAGAACCUGUCCUCGGCGAUGAUGAUGGCCGCCAGCAGCAAGAUGGGCCACCAGCACCAUCAACACCAUCAUCAUUCGUCGACGAGCACACUUCUGCAUUCGGCCGUACCGACGACGACGAUGGUGCAUUCGGCCGCGGGCACCAGCAGUAGUGCGCCGGCCAGCGGCGGCAGCUAUAUGGCGGCCAUCAAUCUGAACAAGUCCACUUCGACGACGAUGCAGCAUCAUCACCAUCACGUGGCGCAACCGCCGCAUCAUGUCGGUGCCCCGCAGCUGGUUCCGGCCAAUUUGCGCCUCGAGGUUCCGGCCGGCCCGCCCGGUGUGCCAGUGGCCGGCACCUCCAUCGUAACGGCCACCGUAACGACGACGAGCAAUGGCAACAUUCUGCUGAACGCCAUCUACAACAACACGGCCACGAUGAAUCCGGUGCAGCAGCAACACGGUGGCCAUCACCAGCACUAUCAUCAGCAGCCGCCGGUGGCCCCGCAGCACCAGCACGUGCACCUACCGCAGCUUCCACCGCCACCACAUAUCUACCAGCCGCCGCACCAUUUUUCCGAUGCCUUCGGCAACUACGGUUCGUCCGUGGUGCCGGCGGACCAGGCCAACGUGGCGCUGCUGACCUCCGCGUCGGCACCGGCGUCCGCAUCGGGUGGAGUGCCGAGUGGAAGCAACGCGGUGGCCGCCACCGCUGCCCCUCCGUCAACACCUCACGGAGGUCAGCUUAAAAUGUCCGACAUUCUCAAGCGAAAGGUCCCGCCCAAGCGGAAGUCCCAGGGCAGUUCCAAGUCUAAAUCGCGCCACGAUGACGGCCACGGUGCGGUGGCAGCCGGUGGUGGUAGCAGUUCCACCUCGGCCACCGGCGCCGGUGCCAUGGGUGCCGCCGGGUCAUCGUCGUCGGUGAUGCAGGAGCUGAUCAAUAAAGCGACCACGAUCGGUAGUGGCGGCGGUGGCGCCGCCGGCGGAGGGUCUUCGUCAUCCGGACGGCACACCCCGUCGUCGUCGUCGUCGGGUGCCGGCGGUGGCUCUUCGUCGCGGUCCCGCUUUACGGGUGCAUCGUCCAAAACGACGUCCUUUUUGGCGUCGCUCAAUCCGGCCCGCUGGGGCCGUCAGUCGUCGUCGUCCUCUUCGGCGGCCUCCACGUCGCACGCUGCGUCCGCCUCUUCUUCGUCGGCGGCGGCUUACGGCGGUGCGAAGGAUGGCGCCACGGCAGGGACGGCGCUCAACAAAAGCCACUCGAACUCGAACCUCAUCGCGGCCGGCAAUCGCGAGAAGGCUCGCCAGUGGAUCCGUGACCAGGCGCUGCUGUUUGUGGGUCGCUAUUCGGGUGACGAGUCGGCCGCGGGACAGAACGGCGGUGGUUGCCUGGGAGCCGAUGGCGGACCGACGGGUGGGCCGCUGCAACAGCAUCCGGCGUGUACGAUUCUGACCCGGCUAACGGCCGCCAUCCGGAAGCUGGACGGCCGGUCGGACGAGUGUCUCGGGGCGCUGCAGGAGCUGCGUGACAUUCUGAUGGAGAGCGACAUCUCGCCGUUCGAGGUGAACCACUCGGGGCUGAUCCGGGCCAUGCUGACGUACAUGGCGAACGACGACAAUCUGCUCGUGGCCCGCCCGAACCGGUUGCGCAUGUUCCUGCACGUGUUUGCCGGUCUGCCGGUGGAGGGCAACUAUUCGCACCUGGGCGGAGGGCCGACGGCUGCGCCGCCGUCCAUGAACGGGGCCGCCUUCAGUGCGCUGGUGGCCAAGCUGAACGGAUGCGUCACGCAGCUCGAGCAGUUCCCGGUGAAGGUGCACGACUUCCCGGCCGGUGUCGGUGGGCGAUCGAACACAAGUGCCCUUAAAUUCUUCAACACCCACCAGCUGAAGUGCAACCUUCAACGCCAUCCGGAAUGUACAAAUUUGCGCCAGUGGAAGGGCGGCACGGUGAAGAUCGAUCCGCUCGCGCUGGUGCAGGCCAUCGAACGGUAUCUGGUGGUGCGCGGCUACGGCGGCAUCCGGGUCGACAGCGAGGAGGACUCGGAGGAAGACAUCGACAACAUUGACGCGGCCGCCAUGAUCUCGAUGGGCGGCUGCAAGCACAAGCUACAGUUUCUGAUCGGCGAGCACAUCCUGCCGUACAACAUGACCGUCUACCAGGCCAUCCGCCAGUACUCGCCGCUGGUGAAUGAUCAGUCGGAAACGGACACCGACACGGAAACACCGAUCGGAAGUGCCAGUAUCUGGGUUCAGCAGCACACGAUCUACUACCGCCCGGUGGAGGAGGAAUCCGGGUCGGGCUCGUCCAGCAAGGGGGCGUCGGGUUCGUCGCGCAAGAAUAGCAAAAACUCGUCGCAAUCGAAAAUCAUGCGCCGCAAGCCCGAGUUCUGGAUCGACGGUCAAGUGCCGGCGAUCGUCUCGCCGCUCGUCAUGUUCCUUACGCCGCGGCUGCCCGAGGUCGUCACGGUGCAGGACGCAUCGCUCGAUGCCCUGUGUAUGCUGCGCAUCAUCAAUGCGCUCAAUCGGCACUGGGCCACUCUGUACUUCUCCGUUCCCCAGGUUCCCAUUGUCCCGCAGGCGGAGUUUAUUCACUCAAAGAUCGCGGCCAAGGCAAGCCGCCAGCUGCAGGAUCCGUUGGUGAUCAUGACGGGCAAUCUGCCACAGUGGUUGCAGCAGGUGGCGGUGGCCUGCCCGUUCCUGUUUCCGUUCGAAACGCGCCAUCUACUGUUCUACGCCGUGUCGUUCGAUCGCGACCGGGCGCUCCAGCGUCUGCUCGACACGACCCCUGAUCUCAACUCGGCCGACACGAACGAACGUGUGACACCGCGCCUCGAUCGCCGGAAGCGGGCCAUCUCACGGGACGACAUUCUCAAGCAGGCCGAAUCCAUCAUUCAGGACUUUGGCCACUCGAAGGCACUGCUUGAGAUUCAGUACGAAAACGAGGUCGGCACGGGAUUGGGGCCGACGCUCGAGUUCUACGCGCUCGUUUCGACGGAACUGCAACGCUGUGAUUUAGGUUUAUGGAACGAUAGUGAUAGCUACAAGAACAACAACAACCAGCAGUCGACCUCGAUCGCGGACAACAUUGUCAAAACGUCGAUGGGUGGCGGAGCGCUCGAGGAUGUCGACACGGCGACGGUGGCCCCGCACCGCACCGGCACGACGACGGACUCGGAAGCGGCUGGUGGCGGCGGCGGUGUUAGCGAUCUCAGCGGAGGCACCUUCUUGAUCAGCAACGACAAUUCGCUCAACAUGCUGAUCGAACAGUCGGAUGCGAUGCUGCACCUGAACCACCCGCAGCAGGCCGAACUGGAGAACAACUCGACGCCUCCGCCCAUGACCGCACCUCCGCCGGCUUCGUACGCCGAUGUGGAAGGUGGUCUAAUGACGCCCCUCUCGGGUGGAGCGAACCCGGAACCCGGGGCCGGAAGUCCGGCUACGGCCGGCGGUGGCGGCGGCGGAACCGUUGUGUACGUCAAUGCACCGCGCGGUCUGUUCCCGAUUCCGCUCAGCAAGACGGCCAAAACGUCGCAGCUGUCGCGGUUGAAGCACAAGUUUAAGUUUUUGGGCAAAUUUAUGGCCAAGGCCGUCAUGGACAGUCGUAUGCUUGACCUUCCCUUCUCGAUACCGUUCUAUCGCUGGAUGCUGAGCGAGGAGAGCUCGCUCGGGCUGGCCGAUUUGGGCCAGAUUGCGCCGGAAGUGCAGGGCACGCUGCUGCGGUUGUACGAGAUGGUGAAGAAACGGGACCAGAUCCAGGCGGACCCAUCCUUGGAUGCAAUGGAAAAGACUGAAAAGAUCGAAGCAUUGGACUUGGACGGCUGUCCGAUAUCCGACCUGGGGCUGGACUUUGUCCUGCCCGGGCACCCGAACAUCGAGCUGCGCCGCGGUGGGCGCGAUAUGGCGGUUACGAUCAGUAACCUGCAUCAGUACAUUACGCUCGUGACGCACUGGUUUCUGGCCGAAGGAGUUUCCCGGCAGUUUGAAGCCCUCCGCGAAGGUUUCGAUUCCGUGUUCCCGAUGAACCGGCUGCAGAUGUUCUACCCGGAGGAGCUGGAGAAUGUGUUCUGCGGGUCGGGCAUCGGUGGACUGUUGCCGCACCAGCAGCGCUGGGACGCCCGGAUGCUGGCCGAGUGUUGCCGUACCGAUCACGGUUUCUCGCAGGACUCGCCGGCCAUUCAGUACUUUUUCGAAAUUCUCGCCACGUACACUCGGGACGAGCAGCGCCUGUUCCUGCAGUUCGUUACGGGGAGCCCCCGGUUGCCGACCGGUGGCUUCAAGUCACUGACGCCGCCGCUGACGAUCGUGCGCAAAAAGAUGGACGGCAACCAGAACCCGGACGAGUAUCUGCCGUCGGUGAUGACGUGCGUCAACUAUCUGAAGCUGCCGGAUUACUCGAACCGCGACGUGAUGCGCCAGAAGCUGAAGACGGCCGCCAGCGAGGGCAGCAUGAGCUUCCAUCUGUCCUAAACGAUAUCUCUAAAUUUACUUUUCAACUCGUGUCUCGUGUCUCGUGUUAGCCUGUCGAUAUAUUACCGUAGAUGAUCGUGAAACUGAUCCGGGGUGCUGCAAAGGGCGCGCGGCCACCAAAAGAACACCCUAAUACUAACACAACCACACACACUAGUAGCGCUAGUAGGUGUUGCCACUGUAAAUAUUCCCUGGUUUUUUGUCUUCAACCCUCUUCUCUCGAUGCAUAAGCAGCGCACCAACACACACACGGAACGAACGGAAACAAUCACGCACCAAAAUCAGGAGUGUAUCGAAGGUGGCGUUGCUUUGCGAAUAAAAAGCGCGAAACGCGAAUCAGCGAUCGUAGUAAGCCGGAUGGGGCGCCGGAAGAAAGGAGGUUAACCAGAGUGUUCCUAUUUGGGAAUCA